CAGCAACUGCUGUUGCCCACUGCAAGAGGGGAAAUGGCCUCAUUAAAGUGAAUGGAAGACCUCUGGAAAUGAUUGAGCCCAGAACUCUGCAGUAUAAACUGCUUGAACCUGUCCUCCUCCUGGGGAAGGAACGGUUUGCUGGUGUUGACAUCAGAGUCCGCGUAAAGGGUGGUGGCCAUGUAGCACAAAUCUACGCUAUCCGUCAAGCUAUUUCCAAAGCACUGGUGGCUUACUAUCAAAAAUAUGUUGAUGAAGCUUCCAAGAAAGAGAUCAAGGAUAUUCUAAUCCAGUAUGACAGGACUCUGCUGGUGGCAGAUCCUCGCCGUUGUGAAUCCAAGAAAUUUGGAGGACCUGGUGCUCGUGCGCGCUACCAGAAGUCUUACCGUUAAAACUGUUCUACAGUCAUGUGACAGUCAAUAAACAUAAAGAGAAUUUGAUACA